AUGAAGAAACAAUUCUACAGGGUGAAACAGCUAGCCGAUCAAACUUUUUCAAGAGCUGGCAAAGGUGAAGCUUUGACUGAUGAGCUACAAACAGCAGAUAGGAAGGUAGAGCAUAUCCGUAAUGCUCUUCAACUUGUUAGUAAGAAGUUAGCUACGGCUGCUGGUAAUACACAAGGCCAGGAUCCUGCUGCCCGGGAGAAAAGACUAAAGAAAUUACCUGAAUAUCUUUUAGGGUUGUCAAUGUGUGAGGCAAGCAAUUUUGAUGAUGAUGAUAGCAUUUUAAAAUAUAUUUUGUAUGAGUGUGGCAAAACUGAAAAAUUUCUUGCAAAUGAGAUUGCAGAACAUGAAUUAAAAGUUGAACAAUUAGUAUGUGCCCCUCUUACAACUAUCAGUGACAUUGACCUACCAGCAAUAAUGAAGGCAAAAAAGCAUUUGAGUAGGCUUAUAAGUGAAAAAGAGUCUGCGGCCAGCCGAUAUCAUCAUUUGGAGAGGCAAAAAGAGGAGAAUCCGACGAAAUUGAGUGCGGCCAAGGAGGAGUUAGAGGAUGCGGGCAACAAAGUGGAGGCGGCCCGAGACGCGCUGGCGGCAGACAUGUACGCGUUGGUGGCCAAGGAAGCCCAGCUCGCGCACACCCUGCUGCAGUACCUCAAGCUGCAGCGCGCCUACCAUGAGUCCGCCUGGCACUCCAUAGCGGACACCUUACCCGAGUUGGAACGGUUUAUAAGCGAUAGUUCAGUCAAACCAGUCUUCGGAUACCCGCUAGAGGAACACUUACGAGUGACCGGGAGGCGCAUCGCGUUCCCUCUAGAGCUGUGCGUGUGCACUCUGCACGAGCUCGCCUUGAACGAGGAGGGAUUGUUCAGGAUCGCUGGCAGUUCAUCGAAAGUGCGAAGAAUGAAACUAUCGCUAGACGCCGGCCUGUUCAACGUGCCGUUGUCCGGCGACUACCGAGACGUGCACGUCGUCGCGUCAGUGCUCAAGUCGUACCUCCGGGAGCUCCCCGAGCCAUUGCUGACUAACCGGCUCUACGAAAACUUCAUUCUGGCCUCACGACAGCCUUCCGAGCAGGCUCGACUUAAUGCAUUAUGGGAAGCCAUACAUUUAUUGCCCGAGGCGAAUUUUAACAAUCUUAGAUAUCUAAUAAAAUUUUUGUCCGCUUUGACGCAGAAUCAAAGCAAAAACAAAAUGACGUCAUCAAAUUUAGCCAUCGUAAUCGCGCCCAACUUACUUUGGGCCGCGGACGAGAGCACCUUCGAUAUGACGCUCACGACGGCUGCCAACUGCGGCGUCGAGCUACUGAUAAAGCACGCUGACUGGUUUUUCAAAGAUUCCUUUAAUUUUUUCAUCUCCUUCUCCAAAGAAGACCUCCUCCCUGAACAAUGCGACUAUGGCUUCACUUCCAACUUCGGACAAGGUUAUAAUCAAACUGUGGCGCUGGCUCAGGAACAGUCCAACGGGGAGUACGGCAGCAUGAGUAAGUCCAUGUGCGAUUACAACAACCAGAACGUCCAGAAGUCCGUGGUGGACGGGCCCGGUCGCCACUCCAGGAGCAACAGUCACGACACGAGCCUCAUUUUAAUAGAUAACGAUAUAAAAAAAGCUCAAUCGAACAGCUCAUUGUCCGAUCAAUCUAGUCCACCUCACGGCAGUCCGAAGCCUAUACUGCGUAGAAAAAACAAACCGAUUGCGCCGGUGCCGCCCAACUUCACGCCGGAUAAGAACAAAAAAGUAGAAACACAAACGCAAGUUCCGGAGCCCAAAGAGCAGAAUUCCACGGUUAAAGAUGCAGAGAAGCCGACGAAGCCCCCGCGGCCGGUCGUGUCCGACACCGGGAAGGUGAUCACGGGCGUGCAGACCAUCAACCGAUCCACCUACCGACAAAACAAGGCCAUGAAAGAGGAAGCGGCAAGAAGCGGGAGUAGAGAGAACUUGACGGACACGCGACGUCAGAGCCUAGAAUUCGAAAAAGAUAAGUUCGAAAGCUUAAAAGCCUUAGAAGAUAAAGAGUCCACUCUAGUCGUAAAAAAUAUAAGUGCGCAAUCUGGCGUAGUGGCCAGGAUGAAGGUGGUGGGCGAGCCGGCGAGCGGGCCCGCGUCACUGGGCGCCGAGCGGCCCGCCCGCCAGCCGCCGCCGCGCCCCGUGGCCGCGCCGCGCACCGUGCCGCCCGCCGCGCCCGCCGAGCCCGACGCGGCCGACGUCACGCUGCGCCACAAGCCCGCCGUGCCCGAGCGGCCCGCCACGCUGCGCCCGCAGAGCUUCCGCGGGCAGCGCGCCUCGCUCGGCGACGGGCCCGCGCCCACCGUGCUCGAGCGCACGCACAUGUACACCGUGGACAAGCACCAGGCGACCGUCAUACAGGUGGCGCCCCCCGCCGGCCACGGUGCAGCGCACGCACAGCUCCGGCUCGGGCGGCAAGGAGGAGGCGGACGAGCCGCGCGCGCUGAGCGCCAGCCGGCAGCUGUCGCAGUCCGAGGGCGACAUCGCGGAGAGCGCGCGCUCGCCGCGGCCGCAGCCGCGCCCGCCGCGCCCGCUGGUGCCGGCGCCGCCGCCCCCCGCGCCCUCCGCGCCGCACAGCGAGAGCACCGACCUCUAGUCCCCGCCCGCGCCGCCCGCGAGGGACGCACGAACAGAAUAUUAGAAACUAUUGUCUCUUCCGAUACGAUCGACCUGGUUGCG